CUUUUUCAUUUCUAGUCGAUUCUACGCCGAAGUCGGCCAUUUUCUUUGGGGUCGUUCUCGUGCGCAGUUUGUUAGUGACGCCGCCUUCAAAUUCUCCAAAUUUCCUUAAGAGCAAUACCUAAAACCCUUCGGCAAUAUGUCGUACAACACUAGGAGGCAGAAUUUCGGCACUCCUCAGCAAAGCUCCAAUGUGGGCCAGCGGAGACCUGUGGUGACUAAUAAUUUCGUUUCUGGAGGACAGCUGUCUGGCACACAACAGAAGCAUCAGCCCCAGCAGCCGGCCCGAACUCCCCAGCAACCACAACAGAGUGGAAUCAAUUUUAGACAGCAACAGCAACAACAAACCCAACAACAGACCCAACAGAAUGCCCAGCAGAAUUUUGCUUCAACACCACAGCAAGCCCAACAGAGGGCUCCUCAGAUCCCAAUUAAGCAGGAGCCAAAGGUGCAGCCCAAGCCGGUUACGAGCACGCCGGUCCCCGCAGCUCAGCCCCCCGCUGCGCCCCCUGCUCCCGUGGUUUCAGCUCCAGCGGCUUCGGCUGCGGAAAGUGCACCGGCACCGACAGAACCGGUUGACGUGGAAAUGGGUGGGGAGAGGAAGAAGUUUUGGAUAAAGAGUAAGGCUGGAAAAAUCUCCAGAUCAGAAAAGAUCCGCCGAAGAAACCUGAAAUUGAGUAAAAUCUUGCAGCCAAAGAACGCGGUCAUGAUCCUCAACGAGUUGGUUAAAGGAUGCGUCUACAACGUCGAAGAAGUUCCGGUUAAGAUUGACGGAAACACUUUUAGGGGCACGGUGACCUUUGACGACCAAGAGUUUGUCGGAGCCGGUCGCACAAAAUCGGCAGCGAAGAACGCGGCCGCCGAGACCGCUUUGAAACACAUCAUUAAGAACAAACAGGUGCCCUCACUUAAAAAAGACGAUCCGGACGGCGACGAGAAGAUGGACACCGGCGAGGAGGACAGUACCCAAGUGAUGCCGUGGUCUCACAUCGCCUCGUUCGCGAUGUACAAACUGUUCUCCAUGUGGGGCGAAGAUCCCAACUUGGUUAACAGAGUCUCCCCCCAGGACGUACAAGGUCAGGCCGCCGCCGCCACCACGGCUGCGUUAAACAAAAGCGCCGAGAAAGCCGCUCUGAAACCGUCAAAGAAGAUGCCGGAGAAUCCAGAGAAAAUGAACCCGUUACAGUUGAUGCACCAGAUGUUCCCGAACGCCGUUUGGGAGGAGAUCGGCAAAAGCGGGAAUCCCCCCAAUGUCGUUUUUACUUUCGGGCUUUCGGUCGAGGGAAAACAGUUCCAGGGAACUGGUGCCAGUAAGAAAAUCGCCAAGAGAUUGGCAGCAUUUGCCGCGUGUCAUGACUUAUUGGGCGUCCUUUACCCCCCAGACGUUUGGGCGCCGAUGUAUUAAUAUUUUACCAAGUUCUAUUGGUAAAAACACUUAUUUAAUAUUAUCAUAUGAUGUUUUCGAAUGUGUCUUAGGUUAAUUUUAGUUUUAGUUUAAUCUCAUUUUAGUUUGUAUGUUUGACUGGGAUUCUUUUUCUCCUUUUUUAAUGGAAACUUUGUUAGGUAUGACUAAGUAGUAUGAGACUUUUUAAGUUCGAUUUUUGUACCAAAUCAUGAUGUGAUUGUUGCUUGAUAAGUAUUAGAUGGAAUUCGGAGGCUUAUUUUUAUGUCUCAUCUAUUUGUAUCGAUGAUUAUUAAAUGAUACUGUAAAACUAAGAAAAAA